AUGGCGACUUGGGCAUAUCCCCCACUGCCGCCCGACCGGUUGAACCGAGAGGCGGAUUCCGCAUUGGCUCGGGAGCUUCAGUGGCUACUGCAAUCGCUACAGGAAUCACUCGUUUCUUUGAAGGAAGGCCUCCAAGAGUGCGCCGCCCUCCUCGCGCCCCAGGAGCCAGGGUCAACCCUGGUCCUCUCCUCAGUACGAUCUGAAAAUGUCAAGGGCUUCGUGACACGGGUUGGGACGAAGCUAGUCAAAGUAGAUGUUCAGCUCCGACUACAAUCAUUACCCCCUCCACGCGGUUCCCCUAGCACCCGCCUGACCCUCUCACAAUCCCCCGAGGCUCCCGAUUUGGUACUUCAACAGCUCGUGUCGGUCCGAAACCUAGUCAAUCAGAGCUUGGAUAUUGUGGACGUGAGCACAUAUACGGGGGACCCCCACGAUGCAGGGUUUAUAUUCAGCCAGCUGCAUCUCUUGCAUGAAACCAUCAACGAGGCGCGGCAGAUGCUGAAGGGCGACGGGGACGUGCGGGGCAACUGGUGGGAGACCAGUGUCUCUGAUAAUAUAUUUGACCCUCCUCCUCCACCCAACCUGUCAUUUCACCUCUCCAUUGCAGACUCUGCUUUGAUUCUUCUGGUCCGUACACUUGAAAGCAAUACCGUAGCGCAAGCUCCAUCCGCAUUCGCCUCGGACAUCUCUUUGACCGGGUUCUCCCUGCGGGAUCGACUAUUUGGUAGUAAACAACGGGCGCAUGAUGAAGCAGGCGAUGUUUUCAUGUGGAAAGGUGACGAGGUUCACGUCCGAGAAAAGAUCCGAGUUGAAAGUCAAGAUCCCAGCCUCAUGUCGGUCAUGGCCAAAUUGACGGCCUUAGAACAUGAGGUGAUGCGCUGGGUCGGCGCAUUGCGGGUGCUCAUGGGCAACGACGACACGGAGAGCGAGGUCUAA